AUGGCGGCUGUCGACUGGGAUGAGCUCGGGCGGAUGAUCGGGGAAGGGGACGCGGAGGGCUUCCUGCAGGCGCUGCGGGGGCACAUGCUGAACAAGUGCGUGCACUUCAAGGCGAUGGAGAAGGGGCUGCAGAACAACUGCCUGGAGAAGCUGGGAAUGCAAGAAGCCGUGAGAUUCCUUCUUCCCUGCCUGCUCAAGCUCCUCAUGCUGCCACCAGCUACUUGGGUAACAGUGCUCUGCCACCUGCUAAUCGAGCUAGUGGCGUGCAACAUGGAUCCCGAGGUGAUUGCAUUGGUGAAGAAGGAUGCUGCACGGCUGUUCUGCCUCUGCUGCAGUCCACAAAAUGCCCGUCAGGCACUGAAGGUUGCACAAACCUUUGAUAUUCAGUCAGGAGAUGUGUCGAGACCUUCGUUCAUCCAGUACAUUGAACGCCUCUUGGAAGACAAGAGCACAAGAGUGACUGGUGUGGGUCUCAUUAUGCAUUUCAAGGGCAUUGAACAGCAUUUCCCAAUCGCCAAGCUGCUGUCUGUGCUCGUCUCAGAUGGCAGCGAGGGUCUGGCAAUGCGGUGGGCAACGAACUUGGGCGUCGAUUACCAGUGCACCCUGGUGGAGGAGUGCAUUGCAAAGGAUCGAACCAAGGCUGCUUUCCAGGCUGUGAACAGGUUCGGCCUCGCUGCUAGAUUUCCGUCUGUGGAGCGGACGUACAUGGAGAAAACCAUCCGGCACCUGUUGAAGAAAUCGCUGUGGGGCCUUGCGGCUGUGUUUGCUGGCAAAGACGGGCAGUUGCAGGAGACGGUGGUCCGUGCAAUGGCUGAGGCCGGUGAGGCCACGAUGGCCAAGCAGCACUGCAUCAUGUUCAACAUACCCGAAUCUGCAGCCCGCAUGGACCCCAAGGAACUGGCUGCGGACGAGGCGGCCCAUGCCUCCAAGUAUCUGCAACUUGCAGUGCCCAAUAGUGCUGUGCAUUUUGUCGACAAUGGGGAAGGCCUUGAUGAGGCAGAAGCAGCGCUGGAAGGUGCUCAUAUUGUGGGCGUUGACGUGGAGUGGAAACCGUGCAUGGGCAAGGGGGAGACCUCCAGGGCAAGCAUACUGCAGGUCGCCACUGAGGACAGAGUGUUUAUAUUCGACCUGCUCACCUUGAACAGGAACCCGCGGUUUGAUGAAGUACUGAAGUUAGCAUUCUGGAGGGAGUCCACCAUGGUUCUAGGCUUCUCCGUUUCAGGCGACCUGGCAAAGCUGUCAAGCUCGUACCCCUGGGUACAGGCCUUCCAAGGCGUGAAGAGCAUUUUGGACGUGCAGGCGCUGGCGCGGCUGCAUUUCAAUGCCAAUUCCAUCCAGGUCGGCAAUGGCGGCAACCUGGCUGGGCUCUCGACUGUUGCUCGUAUAAUUUUAGGGAAGCCAUUGGACAAGUCCAUGCAGGUGUCGGAUUGGGAGGCCAGGCCACUCUGUCCCUGGCAGUUGAAAUAUGCUGCGCAAGACGCGCACGUGCUCCUGCUGCUGUACAAAGCACUGGUCGCGAAUGAAAAAGGCGUGUCCUCCCACCGGAUAGAAAAAUUGAUAUUCGACUUCACCGCCUGGGACGGCCAAUCACAGGACACCUCAAAGGUGAAGGCCGCGAAAAAGCCGACUGGCCACAGCCGCACACAGGCCGGGAAAACUCUCUCUGCAGAAAGCGUCAAAACAAACGCCAGCAGAGGCGCUGGCGCUGACGACGACCUUGGUGCUGGCCAGCUGCGUUGGACAGAACUGGGCGACCCUUGUGCUCCUUUGGUUGCCGAAAAUGGAUCGGAGGUCUGCGAUGCCCUCAAGGCAGCCGCCAACUCUGGUGACGGGGCUCGUUGCCAGAGCUCCCAUGGGCGACAAGCAUGCAAGGAACGGAAAGGAGAUGUUGGAACGUCACCAGAGAGGGGGCCUUCAGUGGGCGCUCAGGAGGACCACAUGAGAAUGCCCUGUCGAGAAACGCCAUCCCGCCACCUGGGUAACGACACGGCCGAGGGUAACUCGUUGGCAGCGGCUUGCAUGGAUGUGGCCGCCAUUUCCCAUCAACCCUGGAGUACUGCGGCGCAGAAGAGCGAGGUGCCAGAAGCGGUGGUGGAUAGGCUGCGGCGGCAUGGGCUAGAGAGCGCGCUUCGGCAGCUGGACACCUUGGGGGUCGACAGGACGUCAGCCCACGAUUCUGCGGCAUCCUUGGGCAUCCCAAUCCGGCAUGUCGCCAAAAGCAUCGCCAUGAUCGUCAGGUCGACUUGCUACUUGGCGGUGCUGAGGGGCGACAAAAAGGUGGAUCUUCGUAAGGUAGCAAACGAUGUUGGAGUCAGCAGGCGCCUUGUCAGAAUGGCCACGACGGAGGAGUGCUUAAACCUGUUUGGCUUCCCUCCUGGCGUGGUGCCCCCUUUCGGCCACCCCUGCACGGUCACCGUCCUGGUUGACCCCUCUUUGGCGGAAGAGGCCCUCCUGGGAGAAGCAUCGAGGCUCUCUUGCGGCUCGGGCACCCAUGACGUGGUGGUCGAACUCACAUUCGAGCAGCUCUGCCUCGCCACCGAAUGUCGCAUCGUUGACAUAACCAACUGGAACGGGGCCACGAAGCCUGUGUCGGUCAGCCAAGCCCUGGUAGCAGCCAAGAGGACAGAAGAGGUGGCGGGGGAGGCGGCGGCGAGCGUUCCUGGCACGCCCUCCAUCGCUGGGAUGCAGGUUGCCAAGAUAGGGGCGCGCUUGCAGGAGGCCGCUGUUGGAGGGGAGACGCAGAUCGAGCAGGCCAAGUUCCUGGUGGACUCCAUGCUCGGCAGCCUGUGCUGGCGGCUGCGGUGCCUGGGCGUCGACACGGAGGCCGUGCCGGCGCUUGUGGACCGCCUGGGCCUGGCCGCUCUCACCCAGGAGGCCACCGCCCGGGGGCGCGUGUUCCUGACGAGGAACCACAGGCUAGCGGUGCAUCGCGACCUCGGGGGCGUCUUCUUGCUGUCCAGCGACGACGCAGGGGAGCAGAUACGGGAGGUGGCGUCGCACUUCGGCAUCAGGUAUGACCCAUCGACCAUGUUUUCCCGUUGCACAAAGUGCAACGCCGCAAAUUUCAUAUUCUUCCGGCCAAGCGAUACCAAGCGGCCGCCUCAAGUUUCCCAGAGGAUAUACAAGAUGGUGGAGGAGUUCUGGCGCUGUGGUGACUGCAACAAAGUCUACUGGAUCGGCCCGAAGACCAAGAGAGCCCUGAGCCAAUUGGAGCGCGAAUUCAAGCAUGGCAGUGGGGAGACUGAGGGGAAGCCCACCAAGGUGACCGGCGAAGUACAGAGGGCCAUGGGCGUGCUCAUGGAACUGGAUGGCUGUGAGGCCACGGAGCAAGCGGAAAUGGUGCAUGAAGCGCUAUGUGAGAAAUAUGCGCACAGAUCAUCAAUUGAGCGCAGCGAAGAAACUUAA